CAGCCUGUCAGCUUAGAUAUGUGAGAUAAGCUGUUACAUCAUUUGCAAACGCAGUAUAUUGUUUUAGAGAUUUGAAGUUGUUCAGGAUAAAGAAACAAAAACCAAUAAAAAUUCUGGAUGUCUUCUUUAAUAUAAGUUAGCAACAACAACAUCGCGAAGAGUUUACUGAUUGCUUAAAAUGUCUAAUGUUGUGCACAAUCAGUUGUAUAAAUGCUUUUGACUUUAUUUUAUUUGAUAACAUUCACAUAAUAUAAAUUCUGUACAAACCAUUUCUGUAUUCUGAAAUAUUCUCCGCGUUUUUGCUGAGGCAAUCGAGAGUUCCUUAGUGAAAAUAUUUUCAUAUUUAAUUAAGUCAAUUUUGUUUUCUUAUCAAUGGCGGCCUAUUUGAAUCGCACUAUUUCAAUGGUCACUGGAAACGGCGGAACCGCUGCUGCCACAACAAAUUUCGACAUGAAUGCUUUGAUGUCUGAAAAUCGAUCGAUGCAAAACGCCAACCUCGAAAAAUCCCCAUUGCAGGUUUUUGUCAGAGCAAAAAAGAAAAUUAAUGAUAUAUACGGAGAGAUCGAGGAGUAUGUAAUCGAGACAACCCAAUUUAUUAUUGCUCUACAUUCUGAUGCUGAAAUCGUGGAUAAAUCUGAGCGUGAACUUUUUGAAAGUUAUGUAAAUAAAGUGGCGGCUAUUCGGGAGGUACUAUCGCGAGAUCACAUGAAAGUAGCAUUUUUUGGACGCACAUCAAAUGGGAAAAGUUCUGUUAUAAAUGCGAUGCUACGAGAAAAAAUUUUGCCAAGCGGUAUAGGACACACCACAAAUUGUUUCUGUCAGGUAGAAGGUUGCGAUGGACAAGAAGCUUAUUUAAUUAAGGAAGGUUCGGAUGAAAAGCUAAAUGUUGUCAAUAUAAAACAACUUGCAAAUGCCCUUUGUCAAGAAAAACUUAGUGAGAGUUCGCUGGUGCGAAUAUUUUGGCCACGAGAAAGGUGCAGUUUGCUGCGAGAUGAUGUUGUCUUCGUAGAUUCACCUGGUGUAGACGUUUCAGCAAAUCUAGAUGAUUGGAUUGAUAACCAUUGUAUUAACGCUGACGUAUUUGUAUUGGUGCUAAAUGCUGAGUCGACAAUGACUCGAGCAGAGAAACAGUUUUUUCAUACUGUAUCUCAAAAACUUUCUAAGCCUAAUAUUUUUAUUUUAAAUAAUCGUUGGGAUGCAUCAGCCAACGAACCAGAAUUUCAGGAUUCGGAGCUUGAAAAGGUUAAGUCACAGCACACGGAACGUUGUAUUGAUUUUCUUACUAAGGAGCUUAAAGUUAGCAACGAAAAGGAAGCUGCAGAACGUGUGUUUUUUGUAUCGGCUCGUGAAACAUUACAGGCUAGAGUAGAGGAAGCGAAAGGAAACCCACCCCACCUUGGAGCAAUAGCUGAAGGUUUUCAAAUGCGCUACUUUGAAUUUCAAGAUUUUGAACGGAAAUUUGAAGAAUGUAUCUCUCAAAGUGCUGUAAAAACAAAAUUUGAACAACAUAGUUCUCGGGGAAAAACAGUAGCUGGUGACAUGCGAUCUAUGCUAGAUAAUAUUUGUGAACGGACUGCAAUAUUUCGUAACUUGAAGUUGGACCAAAAAACCUUGCUUACUGACCGCAUUCAAGGGACAGAAACAGAAAUGAUGCAAGUUACACGAGAAAUGAAACUCAAAAUUCAUAAUAUGGUAGAGGAGGUAGAGCAAAAGGUGUCUAAGGCACUAAAUGAAGAAAUUUGGCGCUUAGGUGUUUUAAUUGAUGAAUUCAAUAUGCCAUUUCACACAGAACCGUUGGUGUUAAAUAUAUAUAAAAAGGAAUUGAAUUCGCACGUUGAAUCUGGAUUGGGCUCAAAUUUACGAGCUAGGUUAUCAAUGGCGUUAGCAAUGAAUGUCGAGUCAGCUCAACGUGAUAUGACUGAUCGGAUGCAUGCUCUAGUGCCCAAUGAAAAGCUUGUUGUGCAAACAAAAGUUGCAGCCAGGUCACAACCAUUCGAAAUGUUGUAUUCCUUGAAUUGUCAAAAUUUAUGUGCAGAUUUUCAAGAAGAUCUGGAAUUUAAAUUUUCGUGGGGAAUAACAGCGAUGAUUCAACGAUUUACUGGAAAAGUAAAAGAACGAAAUAAAAGAGCCCCAGCGGUGUUACAUCGCCAGAAUAGCAUUGGAAAAAGUAUAUCCUCUACAACGCCAGUCAAUGAGACUCCUUUAUGUUUAAUGCCUACAGCAAGUAGUGGUAUAACACAGGAGCAGUUGUCACUAAUUUCACGUUUUGCUGUAUCUUCAAUUGGAUCCCAGGGCACUGUAGGUGGCCUUAUUGUAGCUGGAAUAAUGUUAAAAACUAUUGGCUGGCGCGUUCUUGUUGGUAUUGGUGCUCUAUAUGGCUGUAUAUAUUUUUACGAACGACUUUCUUGGACAAAUUCAGCAAAAGAACGUUCCUUCAAAUCACAAUAUGUGCGUCACGCUACAAAGAAACUUAAAAUGAUUGUAGACUUGACUUCAGCGAACUGUAGCCAUCAAGUGCAGCAAGAACUUUCAAGUACCUUUGCUCGCUUAUGUCGAACUGUAGACUCCGCUACUACUGAUAUGAACGAGGAACUUAAAGCUAUUGAAGCGCAAUUAAAUGUUCUAGAAGCCAAUCAAAAGCAACUGAAACUACUACGCAACAAGGCAAAUUACAUACAAAAUGAAUUAGACAUUUUCGAAAAUAACUACAUAAGAGCGAAUUAGUAUUAACUUAUUUUGCAAGAUAAUAUUUAAGUGCAUGGAAACUUAGUCACUUGUAUAUUUAUAUAAUAUUAUUUUUUUGGCAUGCGAAUCGUUACACAAGAUUAUGUUUGAAGAUGAACGUUAUACGCGGUAAAUUUUUAGUUAAUUAUUUUUAAUAUAAUAAUUAUUUUCUUAACUGGUAAAAAGUUUUACAUAAACACUUCUUACGUGUUUAUCACAAGCAAAAAUGUAUCUUUGUAUAAAUUUACCUUGUUUUUAUUUAAUA